AUGGCUGGACAAAGCUUGCAGCAGGAAUGGACGGUCGGCGAGCCGUACCUCAACCUACACUGCAAGUUGGGAGAAGGGCCGUACUACGAGGAGGCCUCCAACAGCCUGCGGUUUGUGGACAUCAUCAGCAAGCGGGUGCACACCGUGUCCCUGACCGAGGGGCCCGAGUCCGUCAAGACCAUCCAGCUGGACACACCUGUCACCGUCACGGCGGAUGUAGAGGGCCACGAUCCGCAGGAGAAGAUUCUCAUCGGCGCCAAGUACGGCCUUGCGCUGCUGGACCGCACGACGGGGACCUAUGAUUACGUCGUCAAGUUCGCUGCGGUCGACGGGCAGGAGAAUGACCGCCUGAGGAGCAAUGAUGGCGCCGUCGACCUCCACGGCCGCUUCUGGCUGGGCUGCAUGACUGAUUUUGGGAUGGGCGAUGUCUUGGCUGAAGGAGGGAUCUACCUUUUCAACGGCCAGAACAAGGCUGGGAACGCCGAGAAAAUCGUGUCUGACCUGAGCAUCCCAAACACGAUCAGUUUCUCUCCCGACAACAAGACUCUGUACUAUACGCACUCGUCCGGCAGGAUCGUGUACGCCUACGACUACUCGCUCAGCGACGGCAGCGUGACCAACCACCGGGUCUUCUACAAGCACGAAGGCCCCGGUGAGCCCGACGGGCACCGCAUCGACAAGGACGGCAACAUGUGGCACAGCGUCUACGGCGAGAGCCGCGUGCUGAAGAUCUCGCCCGAGGGCAAGCUGGUCGGGCAGAUCAAUUUGCCGACCAAGAAUAUCACCUGCUGCGAAUUCGUGGGAACGGAGCUGUUCAUCACCACGGCGAAUGAUGAUGGAGGGGAAGGGAAGAGCAAGGAGCUCGGAGGCGCACUGUUCCGGAUUGAUGUCGGGACCACGGGCCUGAAGCCCUUCCAAUUCAAGAUGGUCGGCUAA